AUUGCCUGCCACCUCCAGCUGCAUCGCGCAGCCUUAUCCGCUCGAAUACACAUACAAUGGCUAUGCGGCUCGUAGUCAGCCGGCCAUUGGCCACCGCCGCGCGCUCGGCCGUCCCGCGCGCAUUCUCGACCACGGCUCUGCGGGCGAAGGAGAUCGCAGGCGAGAACACGGAGACGCCCAACAUGCGGUACGCCCCGCGCAACGCGUCCGAGCCGCUCAAGCGUGCCAUUGUCAACCCGGUCGACAAGUUCAAGGCCAAGGGCGAGGCCCUGCACACAUACGGCAACUAUCUCAUGUCGUGUCUGCCCAAGUACAUCCAGCAGUUCUCCGUCUGGAAGGACGAGCUCACCAUCUACAUCCCCCCGUCAGGCGUCAUACCCGUCUUCACCUUCCUCAAGAACCACACGGCGGCCGAGUACACGCAGAUCUCUGACAUCACCGCCGUCGAUUACCCCACCAAGGACCAGCGUUUCGAGGUUGUCUACAACAUGCUCUCCAUCCGCCACAACUCUCGCCUGAGGAUCAAGACGUACGCGGACGAGGCCACCCCGGUUCCCUCUCUCUGCGACCUGUACGACGGCGCCAACUGGUACGAACGCGAGGUCUACGACCUGUUCGGUGUUUUCUUCGUUGGCCACCCUGACUUGAGGCGCAUCAUGACCGAUUACGGCUUUGACGGCCACCCACUGCGCAAGGACUUCCCCAUGACCGGGUACACCGAGAUCCGCUACGACGAGGAGAAGAAGAGGAUUGUCGUCGAGCCGCUCGAGAUGACUCAGGCAUUCAGGAACUUCCGUGGUGGUUCCGCGGCAUGGGAGCAGGUCGGCCCUGGUGAGAACACAACACCAGAAAACUUCAAACUGCCUACACCCAAGCCCGAGCCACCAAAGGAGGGCGAGCAGAAGAAAUAGAAAAUUAGAGGAGAAUGUUGCAACCUGUAAAUACACGAAUCAGUUACCUG